UAAAGAACGUGGUGGCCAUAAUAAACCUUGGCGCACACGACAGUGCUGAUAUAAGUGAUAUCAUAAAGCCAGUUCUGUAAACGGAAUCAUUAUUAGGUGUUCUAUUUGAAAUAGAAUCGUUACUAGGUGUUGUGUCCCUUUGGACACACAGUGUCACUCCUGGAGUGGGUUGUAAAGUUGGAAGAUUGAGCGGGACGAAACAUCAGGGGGAUGGCAGGGGCGGCCGAGGCCAGUGUGGACUCCAAGGCUGAGCUCACUUCUCUGUUAGAGCAAUGGGACAGAGAGCAACUGGGAACCACACAAGUUCUAGUGGCUAUCUUGACCAAGAUCUCUGAACUGGUGGAGAGAGAGACAGAGGAGUACCGAAAAGCCGACCCUGACCCCUUUGAUGACCGUCACCCAGGACGAGCUGAUCCAGAGUGCAUGCUGGGACACCUGCUGAAAAUCCUAUUCAAGAAUGAUGACUUUAUGAACGCUCUGGUGAACGCGUAUGUGAUGACCAGUAGGGAGAUUACCCUCAACACAGCUGCCUGCCGCCUCCUGCUGAACAUCAUGCCAGGGCUGGAAACCGCUGUUGUAUUUCAGGAGAAGGAGGGGAUUGUGGAAAAGUUGUUCAAAUGGGCUCAGGAGGCAGAGCAGCCCUUGAGGAUCUAUUCUGUGGGCCUCCUAGCAGGAGCUAUGGAGAACCAAGACAUUGCUGCCAACUACCGUGAAGAAAACUCUGUACUGGUGCCACUGAUGUUGCAGCGCUUGCGGGAGCUGCAAGAACGAGAGGUGGAGAACAGGCGGGACUUCAGGAGGCCGAGCCCUCGCAAGGCCUCCAGUCUGGAGCCGCUGUUGCCUCUGGAUGAGGAGACAGUGGACUGUGCCAAUUUUGAAGACAAGAACGGAAUGGACAAAUGUGGGGUGGUGGGAGAGGUUGAAGAGGAAGAGAGCCCUGUGAAAAGUGCAGAUUGUUUCGGACUGGAGCCCAUCAUUGAGUCUCCCUUUAGCCUCGGGUCAGGCCAGAAGUCCAGCAGUCGUGCUAACUCGGCCAAGAAGCCUCUCCCCAAGACGGAGGGCCUCGAGAGCGAGUCUCCUGGACCGGAUGAGUCUGACGGGCGAGUCGAGGGAGGGAGGCUCGCGCAGAAGAGGGCGGAACGGGAAAACGGCCGCAAGGCGAAACAGAAGCUGAACUUCACCCUGUCGGAGCCGGAGCGCAGCUUCAGUGAACUGAGCAACAGCAGCUGGUCAGAGAUGAGCCCGUGGGUGAUUGGUCAGAACUACCACCUCGACCCGCUCACUCCUGCCAUUGAACAGCGUCUCAUUCUGCAGUACUUGACCCCUCUGGGCGAGUACCAGGAGCUGUUGGCGGUGUUCAUGCAGCUGGGAGCCAGACAGCUUCUCAUGCAUUACAUGGAUCUGAAACAGACCAAUGACGUGCAGUUAACCUUCGAAGCCCUCAAAUAUCUGGCCUCCCUGCUGCUACACAAGAAGUUUGCGGCGGAGUUUGUGGCUCAUGGUGGAGUGCAGAAGCUUCUGGAAAUCCCACGGCCCUCAAUGGCGGCCACCGGCGUUUCCUUGUGUCUGUACUACCUGGCCUAUAAUCAGGAUGCCAUGGAGCGGGUGUGUAUGCUCCCCCAUUCCAUCCUCUCUGAGGUGGUGAAGUACACACUGUGGCUGUUGGAAUGCUCCCAUGCCUCAGGCUGUUGCCAUGCAACCAUGUUCUUCUCCAUCUCCUUCUCUUUCCGGGCUGUUCUGGAAUUAUUUGACCAGCAGGAUGGACUGCGUCGUCUCGUCAAUCUGAUCAGUACUCUGGAGAUCUUGAACCCAGAGGAUCAAGGUGCACUCUUAAGUGAUGACGAGAUCUUCUCCAGCCGACAGACAGCCAAACACACCUGUAUGGCCCUGCGUAGGUACUUUGAGGCGCACCUGGCCAUCAAGGUGGAGCAGGUCAAGCAGUCCCUGCAGCGCACAGAAGGGGGAGCUCCAAUCCACCCACAGCCCUAUUACAAGGCGUGCACAUACACCCACGAGCAGGUGGUUGAGAUGAUGGAGUUCCUGUUUGAGUUUGGGCCCGUACGUCUUUACUGGGAGCCAGCCGAGGUCUUCCACAAGUUGUCCUGUGUGCAGCUUCUGCUGCAGCUCAUUUCAAUUGCCUGUGACUGGAGGACCUACUAUGGCAGGAGUGACACGGUGCGUUACGCGCUGGACAUCCUGAGCAUAUUGACAGUGGUGCCUAAGACCCAGCUGAUGCUGGCUGAUUCAGUGGCCGUGCUGGACGAGGGAGGCUCGACCAUCUCCACCGUAGGCAUGAGCAUUGUGUUGGUUGUGGCUGAGGGUGAGGUAUUCGUCAACGAUGCAGAGAUCCAGAAGUCGGCGCUACAGGUGGUCAUCAACUGCGUGUGUGCGCCCGACAAGCGGGUGUCCAGCAUCGGCAAGUUCAUGGGGGGCACGCCGCGCCGACGCCUGCCCCAGAGCAACCGCGCCAGCGAGAGCGUGCUGGCCAAGAUGUGGAACGUGGUGCAGUCCAACAACGGCAUCAAGGUGCUGCUCUCGCUGCUCACCGUCAAGAUGCCCAUCACGGACGCCGACCAGAUCCGUGCGCUGGCCUGCAAGGCGCUGGUGGGCCUGGCACGUUCGGCCGCCGUGCGGCAGAUCAUCAGCAAGCUGCCGCUCUUCAGCAGCGGUCAGAUCCAGACGCUGAUGAAGGAGCCCGUGCUGCAGGACAAGCGCAGCGAGCACGUGCGCUUCUGCAAGUACUCGGCCGAGCUGAUCGAGCGCGUGUCCGGCAAGCCGCUGCUGAUGGGCACCGACGUGUCGCUGGCGCGGCUGCAGCGGGCCAGCGUGGUGGCGCAGUCGCGCAUCUCCUUCCCCGAGAAGGAGCUGCUGCUGCUCAUCCGCAACCACCUGGUGGCCAAGGGCCUGAACGACACGGCCACCACGCUGACCAAGGAGGCCGACCUGCCCAUGGCCCCGCUGGCGCACACGCACAGCCACAGCCACCCCGUGCCCUUCACCGCUCCGGGGGUCGUCUCGCUGACCGCGCCGGCCGCCCCGGUCGCCAUCCUCCCCAGGACUCCAAGGCUGGCCAAUGGGGUGGCGGCGCGGCUCGGGAGCCACGCCUCCACGUCCCCCAUCCUUCACGGUCAGCCUCGGCCCUCCACCUCUCAACUCCACGCUGCCCCGCUCCCCUCCUCUUCCUCCUCCUUCGCCUCUUUCUCGUCCGCCAUCGCUGCCGCCGCCGCCGCUGCCCCCCAGGGAGGCGCCCCUCAGGCUGGCGCUCACAGCAACGGCUCGCCUUUAAUCGGCCGCAUCCUCUUCACGCGGGAGCGCCCGUCGCCGUGCGUGGCUGGCCGCAAGCCGCGGGUGCUGCGCCAAAAGUCGGACCACGGCGCGUUCAGCCAGAGCCCCGCCAUGAAGAAGCAGCUGGACCGCCACCUGCCCUCGCCGCCCGCGCUGGACAGCAUCAUCACCGAGUACCUGCGCGAGCAGCACGCGCGCUGCAAGAACCCCGUCACCACCUGCCCGCUCUUCAGCCUCUUCACGCCACACCAGUGCCCCGAGCCCAAGCAGCGCCGUCAGGCGCCCGCCAACUUCGCCCCGCGCCUCACGCGCCGCACCGUCUACCCCAAGUACGGUGGCGUGGAUGGCGGCUGCUUCGACCGCCACCUCAUCUUCAGCCGCUUCCGGCCCAUCUCGGUGUUCCGCGAGGCCGACGAGGACGAGAGCGGCUUCAUGUGCUGUGCCUUCUCCGCGCGCGAGCGCUUCCUCAUGCUGGGCACCUGCACCGGUCAGCUCAAGCUGUACAACGUCUUCACUGGACAGGAGGAGGCCAGCUACAACUGCCACAGCUCCGCCAUCACGCACCUGGAACCCUCCCGGGAUGGCUCUCUGCUGCUCACCUCGGCCUCUUGGAGUUACCCUCUCUCAGCCCUCUGGGGCAUGAAAUCCGUCUUCAUCAUGAAGCAUUCCUUUUUAGACGAUCAUUACGUGGAGUUCAGUAAACUUUCUCAAGACCGGGUCAUCGGGACAAAAGAGCAUGUCGCUCAUAUAUACGACAUCCAGACAGGCCAAAAAACGCUCACUCUGAACAACCCCGACCUGGCGAACAACUACAAGAAGAACUGUGCCACGUUCAACUCCACAGAUGAUCUGGUCUUGAAUGACGGGGUCUUAUGGGACGUUCGCUCUGCUCAAGCCAUCCACAAGUUCGACAAGUUUAACAUGAACAUCAGCGGUGUCUUCCAUCCCAAUGGCCAGGAGGUCAUCAUCAACACAGAGAUUUGGGAUCUACGGACAUUUCACCUGCUUCACACAGUCCCAGCUCUUGAUCAGUGUAGAAUUGUGUUCAAUAACAACGGAACAGUUAUCUAUGGAGCAAUGCGGCAGGCUGAUGAUGAUGACGACAUGCUGGAGCAGCAGAUGAAGAGUCCCUUUGGCUCCUCCUUCCGUACAUUUGAUGCUACAGACUACAAACCCAUCGCCACUAUUGAUGUGAAGAGGAAUAUAUUUGAUCUGUGCACGGACACAAAAGAUUGCUACCUGGCCGUAAUAGAGAACCAAGAUGCAAUAAACAUGGACACAGUGUGUCGGCUCUAUGAAGUGGGAAGGCAACGCUUGGCAGAGGAAGAGGAAGAUGAGGAAGACCAGGACGAAGACGAUCAGGAAGAUGAUGAUGACGACGAUGACUCUGAUGAUGACAUGGACGACAUCGACAUGGAUGACAUUGAAACAGACCCCAUCUUGGCGGAGCUGAACGACAACAAUGGCGAGGAAGAGGAAGAUGGUGACAACGACUUCUCUCCAUCAGAUGAUGAAGAGGUGGCACGUUUGCUUGAAGAAGAGGGAGAGGAUGAAGAUGAUGAUGAUGACGACGAUGACUCUGAUGACAAUGAUGAAGAUGCAGAUUUAGUCUUGGAUAACACAGACAGCUCGGACAACUCUGAUCUAGAGGAUGACAUCAUCCUCUCUCUGAACGAGUGAGGGAGAAAAAGACCUGGUGAGAGCUGCUGACGGCUGAUCGGGAAUUUCGGAAGAGGGAAAGAGACGUCACCCCACACCACGGGGGUGGCUAGGCCUCUCGGAGCUCACCUGAUCUGCUCACCACUGCUGAUGCUGUAUCAGGAGAACACUUGAAAAAGACCAGCUUGUGUUUGCUCGUUUCGUUUUUUUACUCCUUUGGUUUGGUUUUGAAUGAGUAAACGUGAGCGACUUCUUGAGCGAGUCGCGUCUGUUUUGCUAGUGUACUAAAAGCAUGGACUCUGCCUCGAACAGGCUGAGCAUGCGAUGAGCUGCACAGGUGUCUCUCUCUGCACUUGUUUUCCAGUGUUACUUUUACUUUUUUUUUCUCUCUUUUCUUAAUGAUUUCCCCUUUAUAAUGUAAUUAUCAAAAAGCCUACACUGAUGUAAAGACCCUGGACCUUACUACUUGUGCAGAAUGUAUGUAUCUAAAGUAUUUUUCUAUAAAUGUAAUAAAACACAGUCUUCUCUGUGUUAACUUGG